AUGGAUGAAUCAGCAGAACAUCAUGAUUUACUGAAAAAAUCCAAACUUUCUGGGGACGAACCAGAAUUCUGUCAAUUCACAGAUGAUUUGAUCAGCAAUUUGCCUGAUGCAAUUCUCUGUCACAUUCUGUCAUUUCUCGCCACAAAAGAAGCUGCGGCCACCUCUGUUCUGUCAUCGAAAUGGACAAAUCUGUUCCUUUUGAUCCCAAAUCCUGAAUUGGACUUUGAUGAUUCCUCACUUCAGCGUCAUCCCAAAGGAAGAAUCAAUCCUGUCAAUGAAAUUUAUUUCCCUGUCCAUGAUUCUGAGCCAGAGGAAGUGAAGGAAAGCAGUUUCAUAGAUUUCGUUGGUGGGGUCUUGAAGAGGUUUCUACAAAACAGCUCUACUAUUUCUGAAUUCAAACUCAGAUGUCAGAAAAGGUACGCAGACAAAUGCAUCAUUUCAUGGCUUCGUUCUGCUGUAAUGCUUAAGGUCCAAACCGUUUACCUCUGCGCCCCAAUCAGAAAUUCUAGGAAAGUGAUGAAUUGUCUUAAUGGCUGCACCAGCUUAGUUGAGUUGUAUUUGGUCCAAAAAGGUUUUAAGAUCUCGAAGAAUCCGGGUCUCAAAAUUCCCAGUCCGAAAAAAUUAAAGCUUGAUCACAUUGUCUUUAGUAAUGAUGAAUCCGCGGAACAGCUCUUUCGAGGAUGCCCUGUUCUCGAAAACUUGGUUUUGCGUUUUUGUGACCUCCUUAAUGUACGAAACUUCCGUGUUGGAAUCCCUUCCCUGAAGACUCUAACCAUUGUGUGCUGUCACAUACUCUGUGAUUUGAAGAUUAUCAUUGACGCACCAAAGCUCGAGAUUUUGUUCUACCAAGGCUCCCUCGUUGAGAGUUUCUCUUUCACGAACAAGUUAGAUCACAUCGUUAGCUUAUCAUUACAUCUUGUAGUGAUCAAAGACUCGCAAGGUGUAGAUGAAGAGUUGUACGAUUGGUUUUAUGGUGUUGUGAAGUUACCUCGUCUUAUUAAUCCCUGCUCCGGAGUCAAGGUUUUGAAUUUAGGAGAGUUUACUAUCGAGGUAAGAUUCAUUGGAUUUCUGCCAUGUUCUAAUUUUUUUUUUUUCUAA